AAGCAGCAAUAUCCACAGCACCUCGACGCACCGGUCACCACCACAAUGCCGUCAUGACCACCUCCUCCCUUCGCCCCCUCCGCUUCCUCUCCCUCCUCCCCACCACCGCCGCCGCCUCCAGCUCCCCUCCCAUCACCUCCGUCCACUUCCCAAGAACUCCUCUCCGCCGCCGCCUCGCCGCCUCCGUGACGGAGAGCAGCAGCCAAGAAGAAGAAGCGGCCGGGAGCACGAACGGGUCCCUCCCGGGCCUGCCCCCCGUGGAGGAGGACGACGACGAGUUCUGCCCGGUGGACUGCGUGACGGAGUUCAAGACGGACGAGGAGUUCGCGCGGCACCUGGAGCGUGCCAAGGCCGCGGGCGCCCUGGUGGUUGUGGACUUCUACCGGCCUUCGUGCGGCAGCUGCAAGUACAUCGAGAAGGGGUUCAUGCGGCUCUGCAAGGGCUCCGGCGACGACGGCACCCCCGUCGUCUUCCUCAAGCACAACGUGAUUGACGAGUACGACGAGCAGUCGGAGGUGGCGGACCGGCUGCGCAUCAAGAUCGUGCCGCUGUUCCACUUCUACAAGGACGGAGUGCUGGUGGAGUCGUUCGCGACGAGGGAUAAGGAGAGGAUCAUUGCCGCCAUCCGGAAGUACACCUCGCCUGAGCCUGAACCUGAAAGGAAAAAAAUUACUUCUCUGGAUAUGCAAAUUUUGCGUUGCUAAAGCUAGCCUUUGAUCGAGCAUAUAAACUUAGCAAGAGAAGAGCUGGAGGAGUAACUCCAUUGGUGAGCAAUGAUUUCGUCAAGGUGCAGAUACGGAGCUUGAGCAGAAUUAUUUGACGUCCUAUGCAAUGCCGGACGCAGGAUAGACUGCUAGGGGACUCGAUCUCCUUCUUGCUCCUUUAGCCCCCUCUCUUCUUCUCCCUCCUAUCUCCCUUUCCUCUCAUGGAGCACCAGAGGGUAGGGGGCUUGAGCCCCCACGCCCCUGCUGAAGAUCCGCCCUGGUCCUAUGCGUUGGGAUGCCAACCACCUAUUUAUUAUUCAUAUGAUGAUUCUGAACCAAUGUACCAUUUUCUGUAAAAAUAGAUGUAUAAUAUCUGAAUCGAUCUUUAAUAAAAUCAAAUGCCUUCUGCGAAA